AUGAAGAAGCUGAGCUACCUCAUGACGCUACGUCGGCGCAGCGACGCGUCCGGUAUCAUCCAAUCAAGCGACUGUGGCGUCUGCCACAAGUCUUUAAGCAAACUCAGCAGUCUGCUGCAGUCCCCGUCUGGAUGUCCGGUUUGUCGUCGGGUAACGUGCAGCAAAUGCAGCGUACAGAAGAAGCUUACGAUCGAGGCGUCAACAGAGAUCACGCAGAAAACUUUUACGUUCUGCCUGUCUUGUGUCAUCGAGGCCAAGGAGCUGUCGGCUUGGGAGGUAGCAACGGCCUGCCUGCGUAGUUCAUAG